UCCCCUAAACCCAGGCGACGGAGGCUACUAGUCCCUAGUCUAAUCCUGCCACCAGAGCUUCGGUGUCCGAAACGGAUCGCCGGAUCCCCGCCCCGCGCGGCACAGAGAUCCAGGCCGAUCCACAUGGCGUCGUCGGCGCGCCUCCUCGCCCUCGCCGCCGCCCUCCUCGCAGCCGUCCUCCUCGCCGCCGCGCCAGGGGCGGACGCCCUCCGGUCCCUCGGCGUCGGCGAGGACGCCGCCGCCGCCGCGCAGGGGGACGCCGCCGUCGACCUCAACGCCACCACCUUCGACGCCUUCCUCGGGGCCGUGCGCGAGCCCUUCGUCGUCGUCGAGUUCUUCGCCCACUGGUGUCCAGCUUGCAGAAACUACAAGCCUCACUAUGAGAAAGUUGCGAAACUUUUCAAUGGUCAAGAUGCUGCACAUCCUGGGAGAGUACUGAUGGCCAGGGUUGACUGUGCAUUAAAGGCGAACAUAGAUCUUUGCAGUAGAUUUUCUGUUGACCAUUAUCCUUUCCUACUUUGGGGCCCCCCAACAAAAUUUGUUUCCGCUAAGUGGGACCGGAAGCAAGAGAAAAGUGAAAUUAAAUUGAUUGAUGAUGGAAGAACAGCAGAGCGUUUACUUAAGUGGAUAAAUAAGCAAAUAGAAAGCUCGUUCACUUUGGAUGACAAAAAAUAUGAGAAUGAAAAUAUCCUUCCAAAGAAUGCUACAGACCCUGAACAGAUUGUUCGAGCAAUUUACGAUGUUGAGGAAGCAACAGCUCAUGCAUUGCAGAUAAUUUUGGAGCAUAAGAUGAUCAAACCAGAGACUCGUGACUCACUUGUAAGGUUUUUACAAAUUUUGGUCGCUCAUCAUCCAUCCAAGAGGUGUAGAAGAGGAUCUGCUGAGCUACUUAUUAACUUUGAUGAUCACUGGCCUUCAAACAUCUCGUUAAGUUCACAAGAGAGUUCUAGAAUGUUGGAAAGUGUUGAAACAGAUGAUUACAAGAUCUGUGGAAAGGAGGUGCCACACGGUUACUGGAUGUUCUGCCGUGGAAGUAAAAGUGAAACAAGGGGAUUUAGCUGUGGACUUUGGGUUUUGCUUCAUUCACUGACCGUCCAAAUUGGGGAUGGAGAGAGCCAAUCAACCUUUACAUCAAUAUGUGACUUCAUACACAAUUUCUUCAUCUGUGAGGAAUGUCGCAAACACUUCUACGGAAUGUGUUCAAGCGUAUCAGUUCCCUUCAAGUCUGCCCGUGAUCUCAGCCUCUGGCUAUGGAGCACACAUAACAAAGUCAAUGAGAGAUUGAUGAAAGACGAAAAAGAUUUGGGAACUGGCGAUCCAUCAUUUCCUAAAGUUGUCUGGCCUCCUAAGGCACUCUGCCCAUCUUGCUAUCGUUCUUCAAGCGGGACCGGUGAUGAAGCUGUGCAGGUUGACUGGAAUGAGGAUGAAGUAUUUUCAUUCUUGGUUAACUACUAUGGGAAGACGCUUGUAUCAUCCUACAAAGAGACCUACGUGGAGUCUCAAGAGAAGAAACACGUAAUGCCACUUUCGGAUGAUGCCUCCUCGGGUGCUGCAAGAGUCCCAAUUGGAGCUGCCCUGGGUGUUGCCGCUGCCAGCUGUAUAUUCGGAGCGCUGGCUUGCUUCUGGAGAGCCCAGCAGAAGAACAGAAAGUACUCGUACCGUUUACACUCUUUAAAGAAAAUAUGAUUAGACAAUUUUAGGUUGGUAGGAUACCAUUCUUGCUGUGUGCGUGCGUAUAUGGAGUUCAAAUCAUAGAAGUGAUUAGGUUCUACUUGUCGAUUUUACAGGCAAAGAAAGAACUGGAACUGAAAAACAGCCCACCAGUUGCCCACCCUUCACUUCACCACAGGUGGUCUCCGUGAAUGUAUAUUUUCUGGAUGAGUUAAAACUUUUGGUAAGUACUCCAAGAAGAGUGCGCAGAAAUCUGAUGUUCGAGCUGUCAUUUACAGAUGAAAAACUUACAGAAGCAUGUUGAUCUAACUAAUGUGAUUGUUUGGUGCAACGAUGUGAACUUUGUUGCACCUUGUCAUAGGCUUAAAAUGUAGCUCUGUUUUUACCAUAUAGAUGUGAUCUGAUAUUCUGAUUAAUGGAUAUGAAUGUUAUAUUGCCCAUUGGAUCGCUGAAUUUUUUUAACUCAAUGCAUCAUGGUGUACCAUUUA